CAACGAGGGCCGAUCGUUCUCAUCGUCCGCAGAUUGUAAGCCGCGUGUGCCUUUAGUUUCCUUUUUGCUUCGUUAUUUCUGUGAGAUGUGCAGUGAUAAUUUUUUCCAGAAUGACGACUGAGCGUUUUCACAAAGCCGCGAGAGAAAAUAUCCUCGAGAUUCUAAAGGAAGUUACGAGAAAAGACUGCAAUACCAGAGAUGAAGGUGGAAUGACCCCAACGUUAUGGGCGGCCUUUGAAGGCCACAUUGAAGCCCUAAGACUGCUCGUUGCAAGAGGAGGCGAUCCUGACAAAGCCGACUACUUCGGCAACACAGCGCUACACUUGUCAGCAGCGCGAGGUCACGAAUUGUGCGUGCGCUUCCUCGUAAAGUUUGGCUGUAACAUCUGGUCGUUGGACAUCGACCGACACUCCGCACGCGAACUCGCUGCCAUCAACGGACGUGAACGUGUCCUACAAUUUCUCGACGUCGCACAGGCCGAUCAGGAAUUAAAUAAUCGUAAGAAGAGUCGAAUGAUGAAGGAGAAGGCCGAGAAGGAUGCCGAGAAAAGGUUAAAGGAGUACGUGAAGCGUCAAAAGCUGUUGGAAUCACGCGCGGAGAAAGAGCAGAAAAAGCUGCUGAAAAAUCGCACGCAAAUGGACAGUGAGCUGAACAGCGUAAUAAUGCCAACGCGCGCAAAUCUGUCAACGUUCAAAGGUCGUAUAAAGCCAUCACCAACGUACAGUGACAUCGUGGGCACAGCAACAAAACGUCACGGGGCAAGUGCCGUUGGCAGGAAAGCUCUUGCACGCAGGGCCGUUGACGAUUUCAAGGUCGUCGAGAUCGAGGUAGACGGCAAAAAGUCAGUGCGCAGCUUGACCGGCUUACGACGUGACUCGGAGGUGAUGUACGUCGGCACGUACGACAGCAACACCAUAAUUGGCUGCAACAACAACAGCAACAACAACAGGCUGGAAUUGCAGAAUCAACAGCCGAUAAUUAUGCGGCGCGGUAAGAUCUCUGAUGUCUGGGGCACGCUUAACAAGGCCAAGAGUACACCCGAUUUAUUGAGCGAUCGCUGUCUCGAAGAAGAGGACGAGGAAGAUGACGACGACGAAAAUGACGAGAGAUCGAGUGUGAUCGAUCGCAGAGACGCGACGUUGCAGUUACAGGAACCUGCGAGUAUUUUUAAUCGGCCGGGUUUUGGUUCGGUGGCUUUUCGACGAUCGAUCGCAGCCGCAUUGGACAACCUGCCAGUAACUCAAGUGGAAAUUCAUCGACACGCUAACGGCGAAUUAUAUCCAAGUCCCAACAAUUCGUCGAAUGGCUCUUCGUCGGCGGCAAGCACGACGGUGGAGCAACAUCGAAAUCACUUGAACAAUGGUAGCAGCAAUGGACACGCAAACGAGGAGAUCAGCAUUGGCAGCGCCGGAAGUUUGGCGCGCAGGCAAAGCAUGUGGGACGAUGACUUGCUUUCCGACGAGGAAGAAGCGGACGAAGAAUGGACGCCGCUGCAACGAUUCCUCGUGGCAAACAAUCUCUCAUCCAUCCAUGCAACCCUGGAAGCCGAGCAAAUCGAUUUAGAAGCUUUAAUGCUCUUAACAGAAUCCGACAUUGCAGCGCUGAAAUUACCUUUGGGCCCGCGACGUAAGCUGCUGCACGCAAUCGCAAGUCGGAAAAAAGCACUCGAGACGCACGAGACGAUAAUAAAAGAUAUAAAAUUAUGAAGUUCCGGGCCUCUUAUGAAAAUUCGGAUAAGCGUGCCGCCCAAAUGCAAGAGGCUGAAAGUCGAGAGAAUCUUUCGCGGCACCAGAAGAACCGCGGCUGUCAAUUUUGCGAUAAAGAACACCUAAUUAUACGUAAGACUGUUUGAAUUGCUCUCUCGAACAUUUUGCUCAUUGCGUUCUUUUUUAUCACGUUCUUCUGUUUUUAUAUAUUGUUUGAUUUGGUUGAAUCCCUACGAAUUGCGGUUUUGUGAUAGAAGUGUGUACUUUGGAUGUGUUGCGCGAGUGAAAUAUGAAAAAUCUUUUCACUUUUAACAAUUGUAUUUCACUUAAUGACGAUUGCUUUAUUUAUCCCUGUUUGAUUCAUCAUGUUCAUUAUGAAAUUAUAAAUCUGUUCUUAAGGAUAGAAUAUUUUGCUCGUGAAUUUCCUUCAGAUUGGGAUUGAAAGUUAGAAUGGCAAUGUACUCUAUGUUUGUUUUAAGUGCGUUCGAUAAUUCCGUACAAAUGAUAAAU